AUGCUACCUCUUGUCACUAUGAAGACAUUACUUCGUGCCAAGUGUUUUUGGCGCCUAGCAAUCCCUGGUUCUGUGAGAGAACUGCAUAAAGAUUAUAGAAUAGUGCCUCCUCAGAAUUUUUCCAACUAUGAAUCCAUGAAACAGGAAUUCAAACUGGAGACUCCAGAGUAUUUCAACUUUGCUAAAGAUAUCCUGGACCAAUGGACCAAUAUGGAAAAGGCUGGAAAGAGACCUUCCAAUCCAGCCUUCUGGUGGAUAAAUGGAAAUGGAGAAGAAGUGAGAUGGAGUUUUGAAGAACUGGGAUCUUUGUCUAGAAAAUUUGCCAAUAUACUUACAGAAGCCUGUGCCCUGAAAAGAGGAGAUCGAGUAAUUGUGAUUCUGCCCAGGAUCCCAGAAUGGUGGCUUGCAAAUGUAGCCUGUCUGCGAACAGGGACAGUUUUAAUUCCAGGAACCACCCAGCUGACCCAGAGAGACAUUCUCUACAGACUUCAAUCUUCAAAAGCAAAGUGCAUUAUCACCGACGAAGUUUUAGCCCCCGCAGUAGAUGCUGUUGCAUCUAAAUGUGAAAAUCUGCACUCCAAGCUAAUUGUGUCUCAGAAACCCAAAGAUGGAUGGGGGAACCUCAAGGAAAUGAUGAAACAGGCCAGUGACAACCACACCUGUGUGAAAACAAAACACGAUGAGAUGAUGGCCAUUUACUUUACCAGUGGAACAAGUGGAACUCCGAAAAUGACCGGACACACCCAUAGCAGUUUUGGUUUAGGAUUAUCUGUAAAUGGAAGGUUCUGGCUGGAUUUGACACCUUCAGAUGUGAUGUGGAAUACCUCAGACACAGGCUGGGCAAAGUCUGCAUGGAGCAGCAUCUUUUCUCCAUGGAUCCAGGGAGCAUGUGUAUUUGCACAUUACUUGCCACGUUUUGAGCCAACUUCCAUCUUUCAGACACUUUCCGAGUUUCCCAUCACCGUCUUCUGUUCAGCGCCGACUGCAUACCGAAUGCUUAUACAGAAUGAUAUGACCAGCUAUAAGUUCAAAAGCUUAAAGCACUGUGUGAGUGCUGGGGAACCAAUCAAUCCUGAAGUGACUGAACAAUGGAGAAACCGAACAGGUCUGGAUAUCUAUGAAGGAUAUGGACAGACAGAAACGGUGCUAAUCUGUGGAAAUUUUAAGGGAAUGAAAAUCAAGUCUGGCUCAAUGGGAAAGCCAUCUCCUGCUUUUGAUGUUAAGAUUUUAGACAUAAAUGGCAAUGUUCUACCUCCGGGAGAAGAAGGAGAUAUUGGCAUUCAGGUCCUACCUAAUCGACCACUUGGCCUUUUUGCUCAUUACAUAGAUAAUCCUACAAAAACAGUUUCAACCCUACGAGGCAAUUUCUAUAUCACUGGGGACCGGGGCUAUAUGGAUGAAGAUGGGUAUUUCUGGUUUGUCGCAAGAUCUGAUGAUAUCAUAUUAUCCUCUGGUUACAGAAUUGGACCAUUUGAGGUAGAAAGUGCCCUGAUUGAGCAUCCUGCAGUUGCAGAGGCAGCUGUUGUCAGCAGCCCAGAUCCCAUCAGGGGAGAGGUAGUAAAGGCUUUUAUUGUUCUGAGCCAUGAUUACAAGUCACAUGAUCAAGAACAACUAAAAAAGGAGAUUCAGGAACAUGUAAAAAAAAUUACAGCACCUUAUAAAUAUCCCAGAAAGGUAGAAUUUAUUCAAGAGUUGCCAAAGACUAUCAGUGGGAAGAUAAAAAGAAAUGAACUAAGGAAGAAAGAAUGGGAAAUGAUUUAA